AUGAGCGGACAUCUAUCAGAGCAUGCAUACGGCAAAAUCAAGAUCCGUGUUAUGAAACUGAACCGACAAUCGAGUGGACGGCAUGAAAUCCACGAGCUCACGGUCAACACUUUGCUGUGGGGCGACUUUGCAGAUUCGUGGACCACCGGAAGCAACACCAAGAUCGUUGCCACAGAGACGCAGAAGAACACUGUCUACCAACUCGCUCGGAGCCAUGACCUGUCCAGCCCGGAGGAAUUCGGCAAAGUGAUUGCCUCUCACUUCCUCAGCACUUAUCACUGGAUCACCAAAGUGCAAGUCACGCUCUUCGAGGACCCCUGGGGCCGCAUUCAUAUUGACCAGGAGCCUCACAACCACGCCUUCACCAAGACGACGACUGAGAGGAGAUACGCUAAGGUCGUGCAAUCUCGAGGAGCCCCAGCUAAGAUCACCGGAGGAAUCCUCAACUUCAUCGUGCUCAAGUCGACUCAAUCCUCCUUCACCGGCUUCGUCGGCCACAAAGGCUCCAUCAUGGAGAAGGACAAGUGGACGACCCUCGGCGAAUCGACUGAUCGCAUCUUCAGUACCUCCGUAGAGUCGGAGUGGGAGUAUGCGAGCGACAAAGCUCCUUUCAACGAGUGCUACGAGCGUGUCAAGACAGCUUUCAUCAAGAACUUUGCGGGUCCUGCUAAGGAAGGCGUCCCUUCUCCCUCCGCCCAGUUGACCCAACACCAGAUGUGUCUGGGGGCCAUCGAAGCGUGCAAGCCGCAUAUCACUGACAUUAAGAUCAUCACGCCCAACCUGCACUACAUGCCCCUGUCCUCCCUCAACGUCCCUGCUCACAUGCACGCCACGAACAAUGACGUCUUCUUCCCCAUCGACGGGCCGUCGGGUUACAUCACCAGCAGCGCGUCGCUGAACCGCUCGAAGCUGUAGGAGGCGUCAAGUUGCUCGCAAGAGAGCAGAGGGAGCGAGAGGAGAGCAGAUUGAGCAGUAGC